AUGUUAACAAGCCUUCGUCCGCGACACCGAGCCGCCCUUAUCUUAGUCUCUAUAUUUCUCUUCUCCCUAUGGCUUUUACGGCGGGGCGACAACGAAAAUGCGCAACCAGCAGCCGUCAAUCGACCCACCACUGGCGAAGCCGCUAAAGCGCACCCGCACAAACGGCGCGAGACCGAAAUCGUAGUCGCCAGCACAACGAAAGAAGACGCGUCGUGGGUGUAUCGGCACUUCCCGCAAUGGAACCCGCAAGUAUACGUGACGGACGACACAUCGGCGCCGCUCACGGUACCCAAAAACAAGGGCCACGAAGCUAUGGUGUACCUGACGUACAUCAUUGAAAAUUACGACACGCUGCCCGACAACAUCAUCUUCAUCCACGCGUCGCGCUUCCAGUGGCAUAACGACGAUCCCGACUACGAUAUCCUCCCGACACUGCGAAACUUCCGCCUGCCUUACCUGCGGGAAGCUGGUUACGUUAACCUCCGCUGCGUCUGGGUUAUUGGUUGCCCCGCCGAGAUCCGACCGUUCGAUGAUGAGGAGAAUGAGGAGCAGCAAAAGGACGAAAAGAAGCCUGUGUCCGCGAAGGGUAUAUAUCGACAGGCUUUCGAGGAACUACUCCCCGAGAUUCCGGUGCCCAAGAUAGUAGCCGUAAGUUGCUGCUCGCAAUUUGCUGUUACGCGCACCACCAUUCAAAGGCACCCGAAAGAGAAAUACAUAUUCUUCCGUAAAUGGCUAUUGGAGACGCCACUGAAAGAUUCGUUGAGUGGGCGCGUGUUGGAAUUUUCGUGGCAUAUCAUUUUCGGAAAAGACGCAUACCACUGUCCAUCAGCCAAAGAAUGUUAUUGUAACGUAUUCGGGCUCUGCGAUCUUCAAUGUACCGACUCCGCCUGCGACGGCCGAUAUAUCUUACCGCCGUACUCCUCACUCCCGGACGGAUGGCCGAAGUUAGGUUGGAACCAUGAAGAUCGAGGAUAUGCUGGAAACUUAGAUUGA